AUGGCGGGAAAAAGGGCAUUCGACUCAGAGGGCGCUCAACAUGCCAGCGAAGCCGUGAGGUUCAAUGCCCGUACAUUGAAAAAGCUACAAGCCGCAAUCACGAAAGAUCCAGAGAUCGACUUGGCCGAUCAAUUCCCCACUCGAUAUUCGGAACGUCUUAUGGAAAUGAGAACCACAAUCGAAAGCCCUCCGAAGAAAACCAGAACUGCUGAUGAAGACAUCCGAGAAUCCAUUUGCCCAUCAGACCCGGUUGAAAUCGUGUUUCCUCUCUCGGAUGCGGUUGCAAAAUUACUCGAACCGAUAUCACAAACUGCGGAGGGUUUGCCACUCUCUCAAAGGCUGUUUGAAGUCCUAAAGAGCAGUGAGAUUCUUUGGAAAGCUCCCUUCUACCGGAAAGGAGUGUUCAAAUGCUCUUCAGAAAUCGUUGUCAAAGCCAUUCGCAAUAUGGAGCACAAUACUGAAUAUACCGCUUUACAAUAUCUUAACCGUCAUAAGCCAAAUAUUCUAGUACCAAAGCCUCUUGGCUUAGUACGUAUGGGCCGGAUUUCUUUGAUAUUCAUGACCCAUAUGGGAUCUACGACACUUGGGGAAGUCUGGCAUACACUCGAGUCUUAUCAGAAAACCUCCAUUAGCAACCAACUCAACACGAUACUUGCAGAUUUGAGAACUCUUCCUUUUACAGAAGGCACUCCUCUCGGAGGAGUCGCAGGUGAAGGCUGUAGAGAUCUUAGGAGGCAUGUUCGAGUGAGCGAGACACCUAUCGUCAGCCUUGAAGAUUUUGAAACAUUCUUAUUCUCGAGCCCGCAUCCAGGCGGCAACGUGUUCAUCAAGUUUCUCCGUCAAUUAUCACCAUCGGUUACCAACCAUUCGGGCCCUCGCAUCGUGUUCACGCACGGAGACAUCAGGCCGGACAAUAUCACGGUUAAAUUGACCGACAACGACUACAUGGUUUCUGGGAUACUUGACUGGGAAUAUAGCGGGUUCUACCCUGACUAUUAUGAAUCUGUGCGGUGUACAAACUGCCUGAGGCCUUACGAGGAAGAUGACUGGUUUUUAUAUCUGCCAGACUGUGUCUCACCAACUAUCUACGCUCAGUGGUGGCUUUUGGAUCGAGGUAUAGUCCUCGAUAUCGUCCGCAUUCAAGGAAUGGGGCCGUUGACUAGACCUUUACGGGGAACCUGUGGGAUUGAUAUCGCAAGAACCGUCGACGGUACAAUUUAG